AUGAUGAACAAGACUGCUGCCUUUUGGGCUGAGCAGAAGUCCCUGAGCCGGUUCCGGCUGGCCUGGGUGGAGGAUGAGGGGGAAGAGUUCAGUUUCUCCAUCCCAGACAUGAUAACCCAGCUGCUGGAGACAGAUUCCUUGUCUUCAGCUGAGGAGAAGGAAGAGGGCCAGGAGAUGUUUGAGGAUGCUCGAGAAGACUUAGAAAAGGACCAGGAUUUGGAGUGGCUGAGAGAUCUGCUAGCCAACCUGUCACCCUCCGUCCUCAGGAGCCUGCAGGAUGUCUCGAAGGCAGAAACGAUCUUGAGGUGCAUCCACAGAAAUGUGGAGCACGUGCGCAGGGAAUCAUCGCGGUUCGUCCUGAGAUCCCUGCUUGGGCUGCUGAGCGAGUGCUGCCCCGAGGAAACCGUUCGGACCCUGCUGAUGAUCAGUCCCUCCUGUGACAACGCUGCGCUGGCCACGUGGGAGAUGCUGCUGUCCCUGCCCAGCACUUCUGUGACAGUUCUUGACCGGCUGCUCAGCGUGAUCCAGGGCUGGAGAGCAAAGUGUGCUGUGCCAGCUGCACGGCAGGUCCUGUCCAAGCUCAGUCAGCGGCCCAGCUGUCAGGGGAUCCUGGAAACGCUCUUCCCCAGGCUCCUCAUGAGCUUGAUCUACAAGGUUUCCCUGGGUACAGUGAUCCUGGGACAGGAGCCGCCUCAGGCUGAUCAAGCCAGCGCUUUGGGGGUGGCAGUGGAGGGCGUUAAAGCUCUGCUGGAGGCUGCUGGCUGUCAAGGGAGUGUCCAGAACAUCCAAAAGGAGGGCGGCUGGGACAUGAUGGUGGACGUGGACACCCUCGAGAGAGGAGUCAGCUUGCUGGCCAGAGAGAUGAGGAAGAGCCCCGCUAAGCAGCGAUACCUCCUGUUCCAGCACGUCAAGGAGAUUCUUGACCAGAGGAGGGAAUGGCAGCUCAACUUUGCCAUGACUUUCUAUACUGAGCUGCUGGGCUGCCAGGGCCUUGGAAAGGAUCGGAGUGACGUGCGCCUCCUCCAUUCCUACCUGAGCCACGUCAAUCAGACAGUCCGUCUGCUGGCACUCGGGGGCUUGGUGGCACUCUCAGGAGAUCCGCGGAUGGUGAGCGAGGCGUAG